GGGCAAUAUUAACACAGACACAGAGAAGGAAUAAUCUUGGCCUGUUUAUCAAACGCACGUAAUGCCUAGAAAUCACGAGACAUCAUCUAGUGGCCCGAACGAGGAUCAGCCUAAAGAUCAAGCAGAAAGGAGCCAUGGUGAAAUUAGUGAACUUCUGAACCAAGCCACAUCCAAAGCCCACAUGACCUUUGAGUCCGGGAGCCAGCCCCGAAAGCCCCGGGCGUUGGGAAGGUCCUGGAAGCGAGCGUGUCUGCGCGUGCGCCGAGCCGCGACCAUGGCGCAGUACAAGGGCACGAUGCGCGAGGCCGGCCGGGCCAUGCACCUGAUCAAGCAGCGGGAAAAGCAGAAGGAGCAGAUGGAGGUGCUGAAGCAGCGGAUCGCCGAGGAGACCAUCAUCAAGUCGAAGGUGGACAAGAAAUUCUCGGCUCAUUACGACGCCGUGGAGGCCGAGCUGAAGUCGAGCACGGUGGGCCUGGUGACCCUGAACGACAUGAAGGCCAAGCAGGAGGCCCUGCUGAAGGAGCGGGAGAGGCAGCUAGCCAAGAGGGAGCAGCUGGAGGAGCGGCGGCUGCAGCUGGAGGCGCUGCGGGAGAAGGAGCGCAAGCAGGAGCAGAAGCGCAAGAUCUGCAGCCUGUCCUUCACUCUCGACGAGGGCGACGCGGGCGACGCGGACGCGGCGGCUGGGGAGCCGCCCAGGUCCGCGGAGCUGAGCAAGAGGAAGAAGAACCUGGGGAAGAAUCCAGACGUGGACACGAGCUUCCUGCCCGACCGCGAGCGCGAGGAGGAGGAGAACCGGCUGCGUGAGCAGCUGCGGCAGGAGUGGGAGGCCAGGCGCGAGAAGGUGAAGCGCGAGGAGAUGGAGGUCACGUUCAGCUACUGGGACGGCUCGGGGCACCGGCGCACGGUCCGCAUCCACAAGGGCGGCACGGUGCAGCAGUUCCUGAAGAAGGCGCUGCAGGGGCUGCGCAAGGACUUCCGCGAGCUGCGGUCGGCCGGCGUGGAGCAGCUCAUGUACAUCAAGGAGGACCUGAUCCUGCCCCACUACCACACCUUCUACGACUUCAUCGUCACCAAGGCCCGGGGCAAGAGCGGGCCGCUCUUCAGCUUCGACGUGCACGACGACGUGCGGCUGCUGAGCGACGCCACCAUGGAGAAGGACGAGUCGCACGCCGGCAAGGUGGUGCUGCGCAGCUGGUACGAGAAGAACAAGCACAUCUUCCCCGCCAGCCGCUGGGAGCCCUACGACCCCGAGAAGAAGUGGGACAAGUACACGAUCCGAUGAACCCUGAGGCUCCCCUGAGGCUCCCCUGAGGCUCCCUGUCCUACCCCUCUCCGGUCCUGCAGAGCCCUGGCACGCGUCGCCUUCGCAGCCCCCUGGUGGCCUCCUGCCCACUCCAGGGCAGCGACAACCAGCAUAGGAAACUGAUUUCUGUACCCCGUAACUUAAUUUGGUGACCUUAAUUUCUUGCCCAAAAUUGAAUAAAGAACGGAGGGUUCGCAUUAUUCAAGUGUGGUCGUUCUAUUGCUGAUGUUAUUUUGGGGUGUUUGGUUGUUUGGGGGGUGGGUGGGUAUUUUUAAUGUUACUGUGUGGAUUCAUUAUUAGGCUCUGUUGAGGUAUUAUUGAAACCAUCACUGGGCACACUGUGGGACAGAAUGGGAAUGAGGGGUGCAUUUUUGACCUGGGUCACAGUGUUAAAGCAAGUAGUCACCAGCAUGGACUUUGGAGUCAAACUGCCUGGGUUUGAUUCUCAACUCAGCUUCUUCACUUGCUGUGUAAUUUGGGACAGAUUAAUUGAACCUCUGUGCCUCAGUUUCCUCUCCUGUAAGUAGGGAUAAGAAUAUCACUUACCUCAUAAGAUCCAUGUGACGAUUAAAUGAGUUAAUAUUUGUAAAGCACUUAGAACUCAAUAAAU